AUCGUGCGCCCUGCAGCCUUUAAAUGCCCCGCAGCUUUGUGCUGACCACAGCGUUCAGAGAGCACCAGCAAAGACCGCAUCCACUUAAACCAAAACCCGGAACAUUUUGAAGGAUGAAUCCCAUCAGGCGCAGAGAGUCGAUCUGCAGGAGUUUGUUUGGCCCGGUGGACCACGAUCAGCUGCGCCGGGAACUGAAGCAGAAGCUGAAGGAGAUCACCGAGCAGGACAGUCGUCGUUGGAACUUUAAUUUCCAGACAGAAACGCCGCUGGCCGGCAGGUUUCAGUGGGAGGAAAUACCCGCAGACUGCGCCGCUGCGCUCUAUCAGGAAUCCGCACAGCUGAAGGACGCAGUCUGCCCCUCUCAAACGGAGGAUGAUGACAGGCUGAGCGACAGUGAGGAAAGCAUGGGGACCGACCAGGAGAACUGCUCCAGCAUCUCCAACACACCCAAGUGUCCCGCUGAAGGGACGCCCGUCCAGAGGAAGAGGACGUUCUCAAAAGCUGCAGCCAAGCCCGGAAAGAACGCACGAAUAACAGAUUUUUUCGCAAAGAGACGGAGGACGACAGAAACAAAGAAAGCCCUGAAUCCUCUUCACACAAGUUCCAGUGAAGCAGCCCUGUGCAAAACAAUAAGAUGAAACUGCUGCUGAAAAUGAACUAUUUGUAAUUCUACACGUUUGUAUGGACUGGACCAGGCCUAUUCACUGCACCAAAGGAUUUUAUUUUAUUUUAUCUUAUUUUAUUUUAUCUUAUUUUAUCAAUUUUACUAUUUGUGAACUGGGGUAAAAUGUAACACUUUGUGUUAUUUAUUCUAUUUAUGGCCUUUUAUUUAAUGUGUUUUCAUUUUUCUUUGGUAAUCUCAGAAAUUUGUGUGUCCCCCGCUCCUCUUUUCAUCAGUGUUGUUGUUAUAAGAGCAAGAGCUGAAAAUGAAAUGAAUUUUUGUUUCUGUGUGUUUCACCAUUUUGUCGGUCUAACGUGAGGUGGUUCUGUUAAACAGAAAAGCACUAUUUUGUCCUUGUUGCUCAAAUUAAGUGAGCUCUAAAUGCCUGUAAAUGCCUACAAAUAUUGCAAUUUCAAUAAACUGUUUGAUCAGUAACACUAAUUGUCCUUUCGACUGAGUGAAUGUUAUAUUUUCUGCUGUCUGCUUGGGGAAUCUUUCCCUCCUGAUAGACGUAUACAAACAGAAGCCCAAUAAUCCAUAGUGAAAUUAAUUUGUUGAAAGA